AUGAUGGUUCGUACUCUUGCCGUGGCCCUCUUGGGCCUUGUCCACCAGCUUGCCGCCGCCGGUCACAUGCACCACCUCGCUGUUGUCCGCGUCUUCUCUACGGACGAGGAGGUGAUGCUCCUGAAAGACAGUGGCGCGAUGUGGGACACCGUGAAGCCUUGCAUGAUGAAGUCGAACAUGAGCGAGAUUGACCUCAUCCUGGUCUACAGCAAGGACCUCUCUAUGAACAUGAUGGCCCAUAAGGCUGUCAUGGAUCUGGAGGAUGGCUUCAUGAUGAAGAUGGACAUGGACAUGUACAACAUGACCAACAUGACCAACGGCACCAUGUACGACUGGAUGAAGUGCUUCUCGAAGAUCACGCACAUGUCGGCCAUGCUCAACCCGGAGCAGGAUGUGUAUGACAGCAACGGGUACACCACGAACAAGCACUGGGUUUCCGGUCCCAACACCGUCUUCAAGAGCAUCAUGGAUGCCAUGUACAUGGGUGACUGGAAGGGCAUGUAUGACGCUUUCUUCCUGAUGGAGAUGGAUGCCGUUCCCAUCAAGCACUACUGGCUUGAGCAGUUCGAGAUGGAGGCUGCGGAGAUGAAGCCGGGCAACAUGGCCGUCCGGGGCAGCCAGUAUCUAGGCGACAAGUGGGACUUGUUCAAGCACAUGAUGCCGGAGUAUUUGGUGGAGCACAUCAACGGCAACGCCAUCUACAACCUGGAGCAUAACUGGACCAAGUACUUGUACGAAACGUUCACCUCGAACGCAAAUGACGACAUGAUGGAAGAGAUGGCUUUCGAUGUGGCAUUUGCAAUGAUUACCAUGGAUGCAAUGAUGGACAGCUCCAUGUUCCACCCCGGCUGGGUGGCCGCCAUGGGUAACAACAUGACCUACAACUGGCACUCAAUGCUGGUGGGCAACUACGCGAACACCCUGCUCAACACGAGCUUCGAGUUCCCGACCUACAUUCGCCACGGCUCAAGCAAGAACCUGUUUGAGAACUUGGAGGAUGACGAAGUCACUUUGGGAGUGGCCUUCUUUGACAUGCGUGGACACCUCAAGGAAACGGUGCCGACGACCCACCCCUUCAAGAAGAUCCUGGGCCUUGCCUACUUCGACCAGGCUACCAUGACGGAGGAGAUCGUGGCUCCCGGAGGCAAUGUCACCAUGAAGAUGAUGAAGGCCAUGUACGAGCCUAUGUACCAUCUUUGCGAGACGGCAAAGAAUGUGGAGACUAAGUGGUUCGCCCUGACGGACAACUACCAUAUCGUCAAAGCCCCCGUGAGCGUCCUGAUGGAAGAUGACGACGUGCCGGUCCUGCCAUACGUGCUCAAGAACUCCAAGUACUGCGCGGAGCGGCCCAACUGCAAGGCUUCUAUGGAGCAGGCUGAGAUGCUGUUCAGCAUUGACCUCAACUAUCACCAUGACAAGUACGAGGUGCUGUACAAGACCGAAGAUGCGAUUUCGUUCUGCAAGGCCUGGGAUACGGCCACGGAGGGCAAGGGCUACGGCAAUUGCACUUUGUCUUUCGGUCCCACUGGUGAUGACUACAUUGCCUGGAAGAUCAGCUCGCCCAUGUUCAACAUCACCAACGAGUUUGUGCCUAAGGACAAG